UCUGAACCACUCCAACCUGCUCGCAAAUGCUACUUGUAAUUCUGCUUGUAUACCAUCAAUUCCUGGCGUCAAGUUCGUUCAACACCCUUCAAUGUCCACCUGGACUGAAGGGGGAGUACUGCAACGAAACGUGUUCUCAGGGGUGGUUUGGCGACGGCUGCUUGCUGAAAUGCACCUGUCAGAAUAACGCCUUCUGCUCGCCAGUGGAUGGAGAAUGCGACUGCACACGAAAAACAAACGCUGAGGAUACACUUGUCGGCUGGGAAGGACUGCUUUGCGACCGGCCCUGCAGAAGAGGAUUUUGGGGGACUAAGUGCAGUAAUGAGUGCCCUUGCGAAGUCGGACAGGGCGAAUGCGACCCAGUUACUGGAGACUGUCAAUGCCUGACGGGCUUCAUGUUGCAAAAAUGUGAGCUACCGUGCAAUAUGCUUAAGUAUGGGUUUAACUGCAAUAAACCGUGCGAAUGUACCAAGAAUGCGGAUGGAUGCGACCCUGUGACAGGUCGCUGCCUCUGCCAAGAAGGAUGGCACGGUUGGAUAUGCGACAGCAGGUGUGAGGAUGGAUUUUGGGGUAUAGACUGCAACCAAACCUGCAACUGCGGACAAGGAAAUGUCCCCUGCCGACAUUCAAACGGGAAAUGUCACUGCCCUGCCGGCACCCUGCCUGGAAGCGAUGGGCACUGCACAUAUAAGUGCCCUGAAGGAACCUACGGCUAUGGCUGCGAGGAGAGCUGCGCCAAGUGGCAGAACAGAAAUCUGACAGGCGCACAAAUCCUGGCCAAAGGUACCUGCGACCCUGUGACAGGAGACUUGAUUUGCCUGCCAGGAUAUGAAGGCGUCAACUGCAAGAACUCUUGUCCAAAUGGGAAAUUUGGACUUAACUGCAGCAGUGAUUGCGCGUGUUUGAAUGGAGAGUGCCACCAUGUCACAGGAGAGUGCAGGUGCCACAAAGAAUGGAGAGGAACCACUUGCGAGGAGAGGUGUCCACGCGGCACCUAUGGUUAUAACUGCACCCUUAAUUGUACAAUUAAUUGCCUCAAUGAAGGCUUUUGCCUAAGAUAUGACAAAUGCGGCUGUGAGGACGGUUGGGCAGGUGAUGAUUGCGCAUUAGUGGAGCUGAGCUUCUUUCAAGAUCUGCAACGCGGCUUUGUUUUCUUGGCUCUACUAGCCACCGUCGUAAUCCUUUCUUUGUUACUGCUCUUCAUUCUACAAUUCAGUCGGACUGAACAAGUUUUCGAGUAUGAAAUUACUCAAACAAGUGACUCAGACAGUGUCAACCGCAGCUAUGUUCACUCAAAUUAACAUCAAAGAAAACUUGCCUGCUGACUUGGUGACCAGCAUCCGACGGUCGAACAGCCUCACUGUACUGUCCGAACAGCCAAUUGCAAGUUGAAAGGGUCGCAUUUGGUUGACUGCCAUUGUGGUUACAGCACCUUCCCACGAAACUAUUACGUCCUGAGAACGGAACGUAAAUCGUUGUUAAUAUUUUGUGUUGUUUUUUCUCAACCAGUUAUAAUAAAUCACAAAAUCAGA